AUGGCAGGGCUAUACGAAUUUAACGAUUUUAUUGCCUACAGAAUUAACAGAGCCACAAAACGAGUUAAGAUAUUAGUUGAAUGGGCAGCCGACGAAAGGACAUGGGAGCCUGAAGAGGUUCUUCAAGAGACAGCAGGAAAGACACUGUACGAAUACUGGGAUAGCCUGGGUGGCCGUGAGGAAGCGGCUGGUCUGAGUGAGUUUCAUGUCUUCCGAAUUGUGCCAAAGGAAACAAGCGCGUGGGUUGGAUACCCGAAUAACCGCCAGGAAAACAGUUGGGAAACUGUAGAAAGGGUCAGGAGGAUAGCUCCGCGUAAGGUUCGGGAGUAUGAGAGGCGCCGAUAA